UUCGUCUAUAAUCCUCAUCAAUAUCAUCAUUCAAUCUCCCAAAGCCCUUACCCUUCACUCUCGCCAGAAAAAUAUGGCUUCUUCAACUUCAGCUACUCAGGUUCUCUCUGUAACCACAACGGCACUGGAUCAAAAGCCAAGGACUUGUCGUUUCCUUGUCCAACCACGAAAACCUUACUUCAAUCUCUCUUCUUCAGCUAAACCAUUCUCAAAUAAAGCUCCCUUCUCUUUAUCCAAUUCCAAUUCUUUUCCACUAACUAAAGAGCUCGAAACGAAUAAUAAUUCUCUAACUCUUCGUGAAAUUUGCCAGGGUCAAGUGCCGGACCACGUGCUGCGCAGAGUGGAAGAGGUUGGAUUUGUAGUGCCGACAGACGUACAGAGGGAAGCUUUGCCUGUUCUAUUCCGUGGAAACGAUUGCAUUCUUCACGCUCAGACAGGUUCCGGGAAGACGCUGACUUACUUGUUGUUAGUUUAUUCAGUAAUAAAUCCUAAAAGAUCGGCUGUGCAAGCUCUAAUUGUGGUUCCCACCAGGGAGCUUGGCAUGCAAAUUUCGAAAGUGGCUCGGAUGUUAGCUGCAAAGCCUAUGAAUCAUGAAGUGGAGCAGAAAUCGUAUACUGUUAUGGCACUUUUAGAUGGAGGAAUGUUGAGGAGACAUAAGAGUUGGCUGAAGGCAGAACCGCCAAGUAUAGUGGUAACAACAGUAGGAAGUGUGAGCCAGAUGCUUGAAAAGCAGAUAUUUAAGCUUGAUUCGAUGCGUGUGUUGGUGGUUGAUGAGGUUGAUUUUUUAUUCAGUUCUUCAAAGCAAGUUAGUUCUCUCAGGAAGCUUUUGACAUUAUAUUCUUCAUGUAACAACCGUCAAACGGUUCUUGCCAGUGCAUCCAUCCCUCAGCAUAGACGAUUUUUACAUGACUGCAUACAGCAGAAGUGGACAAAGAGGGAUGUGGUUUAUGUCCAUGUCAAUCCAAUUAAGCCCUUGCCGCCAUGCCUGCUUCAUAGAUUUGUGAUAUGUGGUAGAAAAGAGAAACAUCGACUAUUGCUAUCAUUAUUAGAAUGUGAUCUGCCUGAGUAUGGUAUUAUUUUUGUUGGUGAGCAGUCUGAGAAGUCAAAAAAGGCUGGGAAAGCUCCUUCAACAACUCUUCUAAUUGAUUUUUUGAAGACUUCAUACGGAGGUUCGAUAGAGAUCCUUCUUUUGGAGGAAGACAUGAAUUUCAAUUCACGAGCAGCCUCACUUUCUGAAGUGAGGCAAGGAGGUGGAUAUCUCCUUGUGUCUACAGAUAUAGCUGCGAGGGGGAUUGAUCUGCCAGAAACAACUCACAUAUACAACUUCGACCUGCCAAAAACUGCUAUUGAUUAUUUACAUCGGGCUGGAAGAACAUGUAGAAAGCCAUUUUCAGAUAAGAAAUGCACUGUCACCAAUAUUAUACUUUCAGAAGAGCGUUUUGUUUUGCAGAGAUAUGAAAACGAAUUGAUGUUUAACUGUGUAGAGCUUAGAUUAGAGAUCCAAUGUUAAAGUUUUAAUUUUAUACAAAAUUGGCUGUUUCCUUCUUAUUAUGGAAUGUAAAAUGAAACAAUUUCAUAUUAUUAUUAUUAUUUCAUCUUUUAAACAA